UAUAUUCUUUCAUUUCCCACCUUCUCCCUACCAAACUACACAGAUAAUCAGAGAUGUCAUUGAUUACAAAAUCAAUCUCCACUACCAAAAGCUUAUUUCACAAAACAAUCCAAACUUUCAAGUCUUUCUUCCCUUCUGCCGAUCACCAUCAUUACAUCAGGCUACCAAAGAUCACUACUCCCUCAUUCAACGCCUUUUGUUGCGGCACCCACAUGGAUGAUGAUCCGGUGAAGAUCAAAAGUAAUGGACAGGGACAAAGAUUGCCGGAGAAGAAGCCGAGUGGCAGCCCGGAAAAGAAGAAGGAGUACUACCCAGAAGAGAAAAGAGAGGAGCAAGCGGGUUCAAGGUCUGUCAACGGUGAUGAUGAUCGAGGAAGGAGGUGUUUGGUGUUGCAGAAGUUGAGGGAGUUAAAGAUGAUCUGGAGGAGUGAUGUGGAUUAUGUGUUGGAUAUAGAAGAAGUCCUCCAUUACUAUUCUCGCCUUACCUGUCCGGCUUAUCUAGACAUCAUUGACAAGUUUUUCAUGGAAAUAUACCCAGAAUUCUUUCGUCUUCAACAGCCUCUGACGCCAACGACUAUCAACUGCUCAAAGCCAACAUCACUUGUCAGGUCAUACGCUUGAUUGGUAUUUGUUGUUGAUGAAGGAGAUCAUUUAGGCCAUGACGAUCACACGGAGGAGAUUGGAGAGUUCAAUUGAUGACAUAGUUUGAUGUAAUUAAUUUCCAAAUUUCUUGGUUAAUAGCUUGGAUUUGUUCAUUUAACUGUUAACAAAUUGAUGCAUUCAACUAAUAUGA